UGGUGCUUAUCCACGAAUACGAUAUUGUCAUUUAAGUUUCCAUCCGAGGUCGUUGGAAAAAUGAUGAGAUACAUACGGAUGGGUGUGGGAGGUGUUGGAAGAACCUUCAUAAGUAAAGCCCACGAUCGAUCUGCAGCUGUCGGUUAUCUGGCCCUCGCUCCAGGAAAAAAAAACACACCGCCUGCCAUCCGUCCCGCGUCGAGGGUUUUGCUUUCAGUUUGAUUUUUCAAACACGCGUCUUUACACGAAGCUAUGUACCUUCCAGCAUCCGAGGUCAAGACACCCGGCGGCGACGGCGACGGCGUCGGUGAAGGAGACGGCAGAGUUGUUGUUUGUUAUCGCGUCUCCUGCCACUGUUUGCUUGAAGCGCCUCAUCUGGAGCGAACUUCAUUUGAGAUCCAAUAAUAUGCGUCACAGUGUGUAGGUACGUCGGCGGAAGGGCCCACCUGGACUUAUUGGUUGGCUUUUUCAUAAGUGCCGCACACCGCCCUGCCAGAGAGGUACGACACCGGGGCGGUGUGUAGUGGCAAUUCAUUUUGUACCACCCAAAUCGCCUCCAGUAGUACGCCUUGCACUAUGCGAGAUGCAAGGGCCGGUGGUGAUGUAACUACACAGGCCAGCAAUCGGCAAACAGUGUGUGCUAAUGUAGUGCUUAAUAGCGUAUCCGUUCUCCAGCCAUUCGUGUGGCGGCAGUGACAGUUUGCAAUGGUAGACUCCACCGACGUCGUCGGCAUCGUUGUCGUUGGUGCCACGCUCUACACCCGUUGAACACAUUCCUUUCGGUUCCAAUUGCAAUCGGUGGUUCCAAGCUUCCAAGUGGUGGUUUUUUGCUGUCAUAGCUUCUUGGUGUGUUGAAGGCAAAGAAAAACACGAUAAAGCUUCCUCCCCGGGGUGUGAAGCCGAGUGCACGUAAAUUGAUAUCGAAAUUGGCGCCCCCAAAGCUGCCGCCACCCCGAACGGGGGCCAACGCGAUCGAAAUGCAGCGCCGCGGGGGGUUAGUAGCACCUGCUGCAGUUUUAUCGCACCAGCAGCAGCAGCCGUCCGCGCAGCCACAUCACCUGGGAAGGAGCGAACCAGGCGCCCCCGGCCCGGUUUCGGCAUCGCAAAGCAAAGACAAUGCCGUCUCCUCCCGGCACCACGGGCCGCAUAUGAAGAAGUCGGCCAACUCGUCCGCCGACACCGGCAGCAGUGGCGGUGGACCCGGUUCCGGCAAGCGAACGCACGGAAACAGCAAUAGCAACAGCAGCAACAGCAGCAGCAACACGAUGGGUAACACCCACCAGGACAAUGACCAUGCCGGUGAGCAUGUGGGUUUGGGCGGUAGCGCCAGCGCGAAGGAUAAGGACGAGGACGAUAUUUACGAAUUUAAAUCCACCCCGAAAGAUUCCAGCUCGAGUUCGAGCGACGAGAAGGAGGUUAGUGGCGGCGGCGGCGGCAAGAAAGGAUCGGGCGAUAAGACGGGCGACGGGGCACACCAUCACGACACGCAUGACCAUCAUCACGGUGGCUCGUCGCGGGAUGAUCCGCUAGCGCUGGGCCAUCAUCACGCAGCGGACGAUAAGCAGAAGGAUGGUUCGGGCAGUGGCGGUACGGAUCAUGGGCCUGGCAGCGGUGGCAGCCUUUCCUCCUCUUCCGGUGUACCGAAGCGACCCUUUUCCGAGCUUAACGAUGGCGGCGAUGACGGCGGCCUAACGAACGAGGAUGAAACGAAGCGCAAAAAGCGCAAAGAUGCUGACCCGCUGGGAGGGCUCGGUGGCGUCGGCAGUGGUGCGGGAAAGGACACAUCGUCCUCCGGCAGCCUGUCCGGGGGCAAAUCGGGCACGGGUGGUAGCCGAGGCUCUACGCCCCGCCAGGAGAAGGGUGGCAAGGCGGCGGGCGGUGUAGUGUCGGCAAAAACGCUCGGACUGUCAGCGAAGGGUGCGCUGGAUCGGAAGAGUCCCUGCGCAAGCCCCAAACCGUCCCAGGGAAGUGUUGGCGCCGGGGGUGCAAGCAGUAUGGCAAGCGGGGCAGCGGCAGGUACAAACGUCACCGGUUCCGGUGGUUCGGCUGGAUCGAUCGGGGGAACGGCGGCCAGUGGAUCGUCGGCCACGGGCAAGGGUGGAUCGUCCGGUACGAGCAGCAGCAAUGACAGCGACGGGGAAAGCACCCUGAUGGGCGGUGCCGAGGACGGCGGCAAUGGGAAGGGGGGCGGUGAGGGUGGGUUUGGGGGCAGCUUCAGCGGUCCCAAGGUGCCGCCGCUCAAGAUCGUCAUUCCGCAGCAGAGUGCCGCCGGCGACGCGGAGGUCGGUGGCAACACGCGCAACGGGAAGAACGCGUCGACGCGCAACCAUGCCGCGCUGCCGUACGUGGUGGCGUCCUCGAACAGCAACGAUUCGACGGCGGAUAAGGAAAGCACAUCGUCCCGCAGCGCUAGCCCGGCAGAUUCGAAAAGCUCGGACGAGAAAAAUCCCUCCCAGAGCGGCACAAGCAAGGAUGAGCGGACGCAGCAGCGCGUGUUGCGCAGCUCGCACCGUGGCGGCAAUAGCAACAGCUCCGCCAAGGAUGGCAACACGUCCGGUGUCGAUCGGUCGAACAAUUCGUCGCCGCAGAUGCAGCAGCAGGGCAACAGUGGUUCACCCUCGCCGAUGUCCAGCGGGGGUUGUGAUGGAACGGAGCGGGGUGGUGGAGGAGGCACGUCCGGUGGUGCCGGUGAAGGAGGAGGUCGUUCGACGCAGACAAACAGUCCGGCGGGAGGUUCGACAGCAGCAGGAGAGAGUGACAAUGGCUCAUCGACUGGUGGCACGGGAACGGGCGGCAAUCCAAAAAGCCCCACCAACGUGACUGGUUCCACGGGAGGAUCGGGGACGGGUAAUGGUGGAUCAAACGAAAGCUCCACUGGAACCGGAACGGGCGGUGGAACAAAUGGAACCGGUUCGUCCUCCAACUCCACAGGCCGGAGCGAUGGAUCGGGUGGAGGAGCAUCAGGAGCGGCCUCAACCGGUGGACAAUCGUCUGCAGGCAGCAAUGGAACAGGAUCGUCCGGCACGGGCGCGACACAAAACAACAACUCAUCCUCAUCGUCCUCCUCCUCGUCCUCUUCCUCCAACUCGGAAUCGUCCGUCCAUCCGCGCAAGCGGAAAAUCAAAACGAACAAAGACCAAUCCGCCGCUGCUGCGUCGUCCGGUGCGGCGGCCGGCAGCAAUGCGACCGGUGCAGGCGGCAAUUCCGGCACCGCUCCCGCCGGUUCAGCGGGCUCCUCCGCUUCCUCAUCCUCCUCCUCCUCCACCACCUCCGGUGCGGGUGCGACGGCGAGCGAGGACAAGAAGGAAACGCGCGAAGAAACGCCCGACGUCCAUCCGCACGAUCAGCCGAUCACGAACUGCUACCAGAUGUAUCUGAACAUCCGCAAGCAGAUCGAGCGGCGCCAGAAGAGCUUGUUCCCGGUGCAGCCGAAACCGCCGCAGGGCUUCAAGGACUACCUGAUGAACCGGUGCACGUAUGCGCUGGCCGGCAAAACGCCGACCGAACCGAACGUCCAGGUGCCGGCCACGCUGCCACCCUCGCUGAAGGAGAUGUUCCAGGCGCAGGAGAAGGAGCGCCACAAGCUGCGCAUGCAGCACAUCGUCGAGAAGGAGAAGCUGGUGCUGGCGGUCGAGCAGGAGAUACUGCGGGUACACGGGCGGGCGGCCCGGGCGCUCGCGAACCAGUCGCUCCCGUUCUCCGUCUGCACCAUCCUGAAGGACGAGGAGGUGUACAACAUCAUCACGCCCGAGCAGGAGGAAAAGGAUCGGAACGCGCGCAGCCGGUACAAUGGGCGGCUGUUCUUGAGCUGGCUGCAGGACGUGGACGACAAGUGGGAGAAGAUCAAGGAGGCGAUGCUGCUGCGCCACCACAACGAGGCGGAAAGCUUGCACGCGGUGCAGAAGAUGGACUGGGAGUGGAAGAUGAAGGAGCAUCUGCUGUGCGAGUUUAAGGCGAAACCGUUCAUCGACGAGACGUACGUGCCGAUGGUGAACGUGAACGACGAUUUCGAUCUGCUGCCGGCGUAGAGAGAUAGGUGCGCCCAAGCGUUGCGCAUUUUCUUUUUGUUUGCUUUUGCGGAACACCAGCGUGCGUUUUUUUUUAUUUACGCAGAAUUGCGCAUGGAGGUGAUGCAGAUCGGUAAAGGAUGUAUUUCUUUUUUUAAAUCACGUGGAAGACCGUAAGACGAUUGUUGGUGUAAAUAUAUGUACUUAGCAUGUAAUCAGAUACCGGAAUAAAAGUAUUAAAAUUA